CUACACUUCUACUCUCUUUUCUUCAGCUCCUUUCAUUUCUACAUUCAUCUGUUUCCAAUUCUCCAUAAAAAAAAUUACUCGCCAGAAACCCUCGCUCUUCUCCAAAAGAUUUUGGGUUUUCAAUUUUGAAAUCUGGGUCUGUUCUUUCACUUCUUUGCAUCUAAUUUCCAAAAGAAAGGGAAAACAAUAUAUACAUAUCCUUCGUUCCGACCGUCUGUAUGUCUUCAAGCAAAUUAAAGCAAUGCAAAAACAAGAAGAAAAUGUCAGUUUUUGUCAGAUCUGUUAAGGUUGCAGCAGCUGUCCAUCAAAGACAAUAAGAAAGAAUGCCAGUGCCAGCAGUGACAGGGAAGCUUGGUUCUACAAUUGGCGGGAAACUUGUCGAGCUAACAGUGGAACCCAUUCUAAAAGAAAUUGGUUAUGUCAUCUUCUACCGUCACAACCUAACAGAGCACGAGGAUGCCCUGAAAGAACUCAAGAAUCGCAGAGAUGUUGUGCAGAUUAGGGUUGAUGAAGCCAGAAGACAGGGCGAAGAAAUUUAUGGGCAAGUUAAGGAUUGGAUCAGCAAGGCAGACGAAAUUACAAGUGGUGUGUGCAAAGGGACCCCAGGAUUGUUCGUGGAGGUCAUGUCCCAAUCUUUGGUUACGCCAUCGGAUAAGCAGAGAAGCAAAGAAGAUGACAAUGCGAAUUCGAGAGCUCAAGGACAAAGGGAAGUUUGAUAGUGUUUCACACUUCAUUCCUCCAAAGUUAGUAGGUGUACCGCCUACCAGCGAGGAAAAUGAUGAACUUAUAGAAUCCAGAAUCUCAAUCAGGAAUCAGGUUUUGGAAGCAUUGAAGGGUUCCUCCAGAGUUGGGUUGUGUGGGCUUCCUGGUGUGG